AUGGGAAAUGUAGUUUAUUUGUAGUGGAAGCGCCUCCUCCUGCCAGCCUAGCGACUGUGCACUUUGCCAUGUGGAGUAUGAAUUACAUUUAGAAAUAUCUCAAGCUAGUUGUUAAAGCGAUCUGGAAUAAUGUCGUUCAGCUUCAGUUUUGAUGUUGAGUCCCAAACUAGAGAUUUGGACGUUUGCAACGAUUUGCAAAAGAAGGAAAAACAUAGCGUUAAGCCUGCUAAACAUGUUGAAGACAAACCCAAACCAGUCGAACAUAUAAAAGAGGCAAAAGAGCACCCAGUCCCAAAUGAUCCACAUUUUCUCCUCAUCGAUGCUGUGCCUGAAACUGUUCAGAUUGGGACUCUUCCUCCUCUGCACUUCCUAAAUGAGACAGUGUUUGAGAAGACAGCCUCAGAGAGAGAUGAUGAGGAAAAGAUCCUGUCCCGUACAUUGAAGCAGAAGUCUGAUCUCAUCUCUGGCGUUUAUGAGGGGGGACUGAAAGUUUGGGAGUGCACUUAUGAUUUGUUAAAAUUGAUUGAAAAAGACAUAGAGACAUUUGGGGGAAAGGUGGUUUUGGACCUGGGCUGUGGUGCUGGCCUUUUGGGGAUUUUGGCACUUAAGAGAGGAGCCAGGCAGGUCCACUUCCAAGAUUACAACAGUACCGUUAUUGAGCAGCUCACUGUGCCAACUGUAAUACUAAACUGCCACGAAGAUGAUGUAGACAGUGAAGAAGACGAAAAAGGAAAGGGCAAAGGAAAAGGACAGAACAAAACUGAAGGAGCUGAUGUUGACAAAAAGGACCCACAAGAUGGCGACCCACCACAAAAGAAGCGAGCAAUAGACCCAACUCUGCACACGUCAUUAGUAAAAUGUAGAUUCUUCUCAGGUGACUGGAGCAUGUUUCUUGCUUUUCUUAUGAAAGAAACGACACCUCCAAAAUAUGAUAUUAUUUUUACAUCAGAGACUAUUUACAAUACAUCAUACUAUCCAUCCUUACAUGACACCCUACAGAAACUGUUAGCUCCAACAGGUCUGGUUUACCUUGCUACCAAAUCUCACUAUUUUGGAGUUGGUGGCGGACUCCAUCUUUUUGAAACAUUUGUUGAGGAAAGAGGAGUGUUUUCUGUUGAACGUCUUUGGGAUGGAGAGGAGGGACUUCAGCGUCAUAUCGUAGCGCUUAAGUUUAAAAAAGCCAUAUAAUAAGUGUGGUAUGGUAGGAUCAUUGUCAUGUCAUACAUUUAUUUUGAGUGUUUUAAAAGAUGCAAUAAAAUAUGCUAUCUCAAUAUCA